CAUGGCCAAAACAACCCAUAUAGCUGUAAUUUCAAUCCCUGCAUUCAGCCACCAAGCCUCUAUUGUUGAGUUCUGCAAGAGACUCCUUCAUCUCUAUCAGCACUUCCAUGUGACUUGCAUCUUCCCAACUAUUAAUGCACCUGUUCCUGCCACACUCACUUUGCUUCAAUCUCUUCCUUCCAACAUAGACUACACAUUCCUCCCACCUGUGAACAAACAAGACCUACCUCAAGAUGUUCCUCCAGCAGUGCAAAUACAACUUGCAGUGUCUCAGUCCAUGCCAUCAUUCCGCCACGCGUUGCGGUCACUCUGUUCAACCUCGCCUCUAACUGCUUUAGUUGCUGAUCCUUUUGCAAACGAGGCACUAGAAAUAGCAAAAGAGUUCCACCUCUUCUCUUACAUAUACUUCCCUACUUCUGCCAUGACGCUCUCACUGUUCUUGCAUUUGCAAACUUUACAUGAACAAGUUUCAUGUGAAUACAAAGAUCAUAAAGAAGCCAUUCAAAUUCCGGGUUGCAUACCAAUUCAAGGCCAUGAUCUCCCGGAGCAUUUUCAAGAUCGAUCUAGUCUUGCUUAUGAGCUUAUUCUUCAACGCUGCAAGAGAUUCCCACUUGCUGAUGGUUUCUUGGUUAAUAGCUUCUCUGAAAUUGAAGACGGUACAGUAAAUGUUUUGCAAGAACAGAGCGAAGGUAGCAGCAAAAUCAAUGCCCCUGUUUAUUUGGUUGGACCAAUUGUACAAACUGGGCCAAGUAGUGAAUCAAAUGAGUCAGAGUGUGUGAAAUGGUUGGAAAAGCAAAGGCCCAACUCUGUUUUGUAUGUGUCCUUUGGAAGUGGGGGCACUCUCUCUCAACAACAGCUUAAUGAGCUAGCUUUGGGAUUGGAGUUGAGCGGUCAGAAAUUCUUGUGGGUUUUGAGAGCACCGAGUGAUUCAGUGAAUGCGGCUUACCUUGGUGUUGCAAAUGAUGACCCUUUACAGUUCUUACCAGAUGGAUUCUUAGAGAGAACAGAAGAACAAGGGUUGGUUGUUCCUUCUUGGGCACCGCAGACCCAAAUCCUUAGCCACACUUCAACUGGUGGGUUUCUAACCCAUUGUGGUUGGAAUUCAACGCUUGAGAGCAUUGUGUUGGGAGUGCCAAUGAUGACUUGGCCACUGUUUGCUGAACAGAAAAUGAAUGCUGUUUUGCUAACCGACGGCCUCAAAGUGGCAUUAAGGCCCAAAUUUAAUAAAAAUUGUAUAGCAAACAGAGAGGAAAUUGCUGAGGUGAUUAAAGGUCUAAUGCUGGCUGAAGAAGGAAAUUGGAUUCGCCAAAGAAUUGAGAAGCUAAAAAAUGCAGCUGCUGAUGCAUUUAAAGAAGAUGGGUCUUCCACAAGGGCACUUUCCCAAUUUGCCUCUCAGAUGGAAAAUUUUCAGGGCCUGCCUUAAUGUAAAUUGUUUGGAUUUCUCUGAAGAAUAAAAAAGGCAAGGA